CAGGCUGCAUGAGCUCUGCCUCUCCAACUUAUCCUUGUCUACUCAACUGCUCUGAAAACUUUUGCGUGCAUCUCUAACAAAAAUGAAUCUCCUGGGUAUCACUGUGGUUCUGGUACUACUGGCGGGUGUAUGGGCUCAGGUCAGUGUGCUACGGCCUCAGUGCGACUCCCCUGAGGCAGAGGAGGCUGCUCUGGUGGCUCAGGAUUACCUCAAUGGCCAGCACGUCCAUGGCUACAAGUAUGCACUAAACAGGAUCGAGGACAUCAAGAUCAUUACUAAGCCUGAUGGAGACAACACAUACAUCCUGGAAGUUGACCUGCUGGAGACAAACUGUCAUGUGUUGGACCCCACACCGGUUGCCAACUGCACAGUCAGACCCAAAAUACUGACGGCAGUAGAAGGGGACUGUGACGUGGUGCUGAAAAAGGUUGGCGGAGCUCUGACUGUCACAGCAUUCAAGUGUAAAACCGAGGAAUCAACAGAGGACCUGUGCCUCGGCUGUCCAACCCUCCUUCCCCUAAAUGACACCUCAGCACUGGACUUUGUCCAUGCCUCUCUGGCAACCUUCAACAACAUGACUGUGGACGUAACCUACACUCUUCUGGAGGUUGGAAGAAUGUCAUCACAGAUUGUGUCUGGUGGACCAAUCUAUGUUGCAGAAUAUGUUGUAGUUGAGGCUAAUUGCACUGAUGAUGUCUGUGUGCCCCUGAAUGAUGCCAUGGCUGUACGUGGAAUUUGUUCUGCCAGUGGUUUGAAUGCUCGGCACUCAGUGGACUGCAAGAUGUUUUCCACUCUGGUGCCUAUUGUAGAUGCCAACAGCACUGUAGCUGCAGCUCCUGCAUUGCCACCACUGGUCAAUGUACAUACAGGCAGCCUGUCACCCAAGCAUGGUCUGAGACACCACAAACUGACUACUAUACAUGACCCUGAGCUAAGUGGCCUUCUGUCUGCAGAAUCAGCAGAGUCAGCUGAAGUUGUGCCUGUAGCCCCUGCAGUGGUUGAUGCUGCUGCAGCUGCUGCACCUACUGCUGAUCCAGCAGCACCAGUUGCUGAUCCUGCUGCAGAUCCUGCUGCUGCAGAUCCUGCUGCUGCAGAUCCUGCUCCAGCUGCUGCAGAUACUGCUCCAGCUGAUGACAGUACAUCAGCCUCAGACGCUUCAUCCAGUAAGGAGGUCCUUCAUAAUUUGAAGAAGAGAGAUGUACCUGCUGCUCCUGCCUUUGCAGCGGCUAACAUCCCUGCAAUUCAAACAGACCCUGUUCCUCUUGUGCCAGUGUGCCCAGGAAGGAUCAGAUUCUUUUAAGUGUUCAGGUCCCACAGACUCUAUAUACUUGCUUCCUUCACUUACACUGGUACUAGAUUAAUUAAAGAUAAAUGAACAUGUCUUGGUUUCCCCCCAAAAAAGGAAUAAUCCAUUAUUUGAAACUGCCAAAUCACACAUGAGCAUUAUGCAUUGAAAAACAACUGUGUAAAGUGUAAAAUGGACGAUAAUGAUGUACACUUGAUGCUGCUGAAUAAAUCUCUCAAGUCAAA